UGCCUACCCUAACCUUUCCUCUUAUCUCCUCCCCCUUCCCCAGGGUCUCAUGUCCUACUCUUCUCCAACUCUUCCUAUUUUACCAGACAAAACAUUCAAAUCUUCACACCGUUCUCUUCUAUUUAUAUUUUAUAUUCCAACACAUGGGUAGAAGAGAAGCAAGCUCCUUUCCAGAAUCAUAAUACCCAAAAUCUGUUCCUUUGUAUUUUGAUUCUUUUUUCUUAUUCUUUGCCUAACGUAUGUGCAGUGAUGACACGUUAUUUGAGAAUUCUGUCGACAUUGGCGGCUCCACCGCCGGCGACUGUAGCUAUGGAGUCUGAUUUUGUGGUCAUAUUGGCUGCUCUCCUCUGCGCAUUGAUAUGCGUUGUGGGUUUAAUUGCGGUGGCUCGAUGCGCGUGUCUCCGGCGCCGGAGCGGCGUCGGCACGGACCAGAACAACCGCGCUGCUCUGGCGUCGGCCAACAGAGGUCUCAAGAAGAAGAUUCUUCAAUCUCUCCCCAAAUUCACCUACACCAAAGACGGCGGAGGGAGUGCCAAGUUUGUAUCUGUGGAGUGUGCCAUUUGCUUGGGGGAGUUCGUUGAAGGGGUUGAGAUCAAGGUGUUGCCGCACUGCGGCCAUGGCUUCCAUGUGCGCUGUAUCGACACUUGGUUGGGGUCCCACUCGUCCUGCCCGUCGUGCCGCCAGAUACUGGUGGUGGCCAGGUGUCAGAAGUGCGGCCAGUUUCCGGCUGUCUCCUCUGGGAAUGCUUCUGGGUCUGUCACUGAGGCACAAAUGAAGGCCAGAGAAGAUAAUAAUAUUCCAGCCAACAGGACUAAUACUUUCCUACCUUAGCAACAAUAAAUCAAGCAUUGUCUUCCCCUGUUUUUGUAACCGUAAAAGGAGCCAUCUUUUGUUGAUUUUAAACCGUAAUUUUCUCAUUAAACUAGUUCUUUACAGUUUCUAAAUGCAAUCCUGGGGACACCAGGUUUGAGAUAUUUUUUGCUUGGUAGCUAAGACAAUGAUAGAAAAUGAAGGGAGAAAAGGAUCUGUUGAAGCAACCGUUGCUGUGAAGUUCUCUAACCAAAAAGGAGGGUCACUUUAUUCUUGAAAAAGUGACUGAUUCCUCCCUUGAAAUUUUGUAAAAGAGCAAACGAUACCCACUUUGAAUGACCUGCAAGAAGUACUUAAGAAUGAGUUUGAUAGUGGAUGCUUUAGCAUGAGCGUUAUCCUUCCUCCACACUUUAUUCAACCCAAUGAAGAUGAAGCCAAGUGGAGUUGUUCCAAACGACUUCAAAGAACGCGGUGUUCCUUGAUCCUACAGGAAGCAUAACAUCUGCUUUCUAAUGGUCCAUGUGAGGCCCCACCACCAAUCCCCA